AUGAGCGCAGAUUCCAUCAAGAAAGUGCCUGGUCCGUGGUCCUGCAAGGCCCAGGUCUACAACAUUCCCUUCAUUGUCUCAUCCACACAGGUGAAAGAAGCUUCUGACUUACUGUUCUCGCCGCUCGAGGCAAAGUCGUUCUUUGCCUCGGCAGAGGCUGGCCUGCCCACUGGAGGAUCAUGUUCCAUUAUGAUUGUGCGCUAUUCAGAAACACCUGUUGGCCCAUACGACGAAAUUUUGAUCCUUCCGGGGCAAUACACAUAUCCCACGGUAGGGGAUUACUGGAACAUUCCAAAGCAUCUUGCUCGGUUUGACUGGAAGGACCUUUCUGGUGGCGCGGUCCAGCUAAAGGUCUUUCCUAGUGACACAGAGCAGCGACAGGAUGAGCCUUUCUUCCAGAUGACCUUUAAGACGGUGCCCUUCGUGCCGGCCUUUCCCGCGUCCACUGUCUUGUACAAGCUGAUUGGCAUCCAGCCAACCCUCGUACAGCCUCCGGUACCGCGUGGGGCUGGGGCUGGCAAUGAUGAGCUUGUAGGGACCGAUCACUGGUCCAAGACCGAUCUUUACCAGUACUCGCCGCGAUCUCAUGUGGGAUGGUUUGACCUGAGUCAGAAGAACGAGCAGGGUGUGGUGGUCACAGGGCACGAAAACUUUUGGCCUGGAGGCGGAAGAUGGAGAAUUGGUGUUCGGAUGGAUACCAUUUCCUUUGAUAUCUCCGCCGGAGAGCACUGGAAAGCUUUGGAUAUCCCAACCAUUGUCUCAGAGGAGUAA